CAAAAAUCUCAAUUAUCCAUCCUAAUCAAACCCAUUGGAAAAUGUCUUAUUAAAAUCCUAACUUUCCUCUUUUUUUGCUUCUCUUCCCACUUCCAUAACCAAAACCCUUCUCUCUCAUCUCCACACCCCCCUACCCUCACAUUCGAAUUUCACUUGGUUGAUCGUCGGAAUCAAACCAUGUCUUUGAGGCCAAAUGCAAGGACGGAAACUCGUCGGAAUCGGUACAAAGUUGCUGUCGAUGCCGAUGAAGGUCGCCGACGAAGAGAAGAUAAUAUGGUGGAGAUCCGAAAAAAUAAGAGAGAAGAAAGCUUGCUUAAGAAGCGUCGUGAAGGUCUUCAAGCUCAGCAACAAUUUCCUGCUCCUCUUCAUACUUCUACUGACAAAAAGCUAGAAUCUCUGCCGAAUAUGGUUGCUGGGGUUUGCUCUGAAGAUAAUCAAAUGCAGCUGGAGGCUACUACACAGUUCCGAAAAUUGCUUUCAAUAGAAAGAAGCCCGCCAAUUGAAGAAGUUAUACAAGCUGGAGUUGUACCUCGUUUUGUGGAGUUUCUUCAGAGGGAGGAUUUUCCGCAGCUACAGUUUGAGGCAGCAUGGGCUCUCACAAACAUUGCAUCAGGAACUUCAGAGAACACUAAGGUUGUCAUUGAUCACGGGGCUGUUCCAAUUUUUGUGAAGCUUCUUGCCUCUCCUAGUGAUGAUGUUCGUGAGCAGGCAAUAUGGGCAUUAGGUAAUGUUGCUGGUGACUCUCCUAAAUGUCGAGAUCUUGUUCUUAGUAGUGGUGCGUUGAUUCCGCUGCUAGCUCAGCUAAAUGAGCAUUCGAAGCUUUCCAUGCUUAGAAAUGCCACGUGGACUUUGUCAAACUUUUGUAGAGGAAAGCCACAACCUCCCUUUGACGAAGUGAGGCCUGCUCUUCCUGCUCUUGAACGCCUCGUUCAUUCAAAUGAUGAAGAAGUGUUGACAGAUGCAUGUUGGGCACUUUCGUACUUGUCUGAUGGACCAAAUGAUAAGAUUCAAGCUGUAAUUGAGGCGGGAGUAUGCCCACGAUUGGUUGAGCUCCUCAUGCACCCUGCUCCAUCGGUGCUUAUUCCUGCUCUUCGUACUGUUGGCAAUAUUGUCACCGGAGAUGAUGUCCAAACACAGUUCAUUAUAAACACUGGUGCUUUGCCAUGCCUUUUGAACCUGUUGACUCAUAAUCACAAAAAGAGCAUUAAAAAAGAAGCGUGUUGGACAAUAUCUAACAUCACAGCUGGAAACAAGGCACAGAUCCAGGCGGUAAUUGAAGCUGGUUUAGUUGGCCCUCUUGUCAACUUGCUUCAAACUGCAGAAUUUGACAUAAAGAAAGAAGCUGCUUGGGCGAUAUCUAAUGCUACAUCAGGCGGAUCUCCAGAGCAAAUAAAGUAUCUCGUGAGUCAGGGUUGUAUAAAACCAUUGUGUGAUCUGCUUGUGUGCCCUGAUCCGAGAAUUAUCACUGUCUGUCUAGAAGGAUUGGAGAACAUUCUGAAGGUAGGUGAAGCGGAGAAGAAUACGAGUGCGUCUGGAGAUGUUAAUUACUACGCCCAGCUGAUAGAUGAAGCGGAGGGUUUGGAGAAAAUUGAAAAUUUACAAAGUCAUGAUAACAACGAGAUAUAUGAGAAAGCAGUAAAAAUUCUUGAGACAUAUUGGUUGGAGGAAGAGGAAGAAGUUGUACCACCUUCUGCUGAUGCUUCUCAAGCUGGUUUCCAAAUGUGGAGCAAUGAGGGUCCUUCGGGUGGUUUUAAGUUCGCUGAAGGAAUUGGACGGAUGAAUGCAUGAAGUUGCAGUUGGAUCGAAGUCAAACAGUUAAGGAUUACUUCAGCUUAAUAUCAGGUGGGCUUUCAUGGUUCAGUUGUGCUCGGGCUGGGUUUGGUCAUAUGACAUCAUGCAGGGGUCAGUAUGGGUUGGUUUGUGUGUAGCCCAAGAGGUGCUGUCAGUCGGUCUGUCAUUGAUGAGUGGUCAAAUAGAGACCAUCUUGGUAAUUAAUAGUGUUCUAGUAUGAUGUCCUGCGUAUUUAUAACCUUUUGUUGGGUUUUAUGUCUUACUAGUGGAUUCUUUGUGGGGUUGAGGGUUUAUUUUUAUUACGGGGUUUGGGGGAAGUAUUAAGGAUUGAGAAUGUUAAAAACAUUGUUUCAUGUUCUAUAGUCAUUCGACAGUCAUCUGGAUACUUGUUUACAACUGGUAGUUUAUUCAAAACAAGCUACCCAAAGUUUUUGUUUUCCUCGGAGUUGUAUUUCUUACUCCCAGGAUAGAUUUGGAAGUGAACAUGGAGACCUAUUUCUGGUUGUUGAGUUAUAAUUUUUGUGUGUAAA